AUGGUGAUUUUUGUUACUCCUACUCCUGUUUCAGCAUUAGUACAUUCUUCAACUUUAGUAACAGCAGGGGUUUAUUUAUUAAUUCGAUUUCAUUUAUUAUUGGAAAAUUAUUCUUUUGUGUUAAUAUUCAUUGGAUUGAUAACAAUAUUAAUUUCAGGUUUAGCGGCUAAUUUUGAAUAUGAUUUAAAAAAAAUUAUUGCUUUAUCAACUUUAAGUCAGUUAGGUUUAAUAGUUACUAUUUUAAGAUUAGGUUUAUAUGAAUUAGCUUUUUUUCAUUUAUUAAUUCAUGCUUUAUUUAAAGCUUUAUUAUUUAUAUGUGCAGGUAAUUUCAUUCAUUUAAUAGGAGAAUGUCAAGAUAUUCGUUUUAUAGGCGGUUUAGUUUAUAAAACUCCUAUAACUGUAAUAUAUUUUAAUGUAAGAAAUCAAUCAUUAUGUGGGAUUCCUUUUUUUUCUGGAUUUUACUCAAAAGAUUUAAUUAUAGAGGUUUAUUCUAUGUUAAGAUUAAAUAGUUUAAUUUAUUUAAUUAUAUUAAUUUCUUUAACAUUAACAGUUUCUUAUACAGUGCGUUUAUUAAAUUAUUUAAUAUUUACAGAUUAUUGUGGGUUUAGAAUGAAUAGAACUGAAGAAUUAAGAGAUGAAAUAGUUUAUAGAAUAGGAUUUAUAUUUAUUAUUGUAUUAUUUUCAGGAACGGUUCUUAUAUGAUUUAUAUUUAAGGAUAUUAAUUUAGUUGUAUUACCUUUUUUUAUGAAAAUUUUAAU